AUGGACGAGCUCCAGAAGAAGAUCAAUGAGAGGGACGGAUCUCCAGAGCCCCAGGAUGUGUUGUCCUCCCCGUUCGCAAACGCCAUCAUGGAGGAGCCCUUACCUCGAGAUUUUCGCUUUCCCACCAUUAAAGCGUACUCGGGGACCACGGACCCGCGGGCACACCUGACCAGGUACAGGGCCGCCAUGAUGAUCACCGAGGCAACAGACGUCAUCCUAUGUAGGGGGUUCUUCGCCACCCUGGAUGGGCAGGCGCAUGAUUGGUUCGGAUCCCUCCCGGCGAGGUCCAUCUCUGCCUUUGCGGACCUCACCCGGCAGUUCCUAUCCCAUUUCACCACCCGCAUACAGCGGAAGAAGCAAAUUGCCGACCUGUGUGAUUUGAAGCAGGGGAGCUCGGUGUCACUAGCCGAGUACCUCAGAAAGUGGAAGAAAGAGGCCAUGGGGGUCGCUGACUUUGAUGGGAAGUCGGCCAUGGUGAUUUUCCGAAACAACUUGAGGUCAGGCGCUUUUCAUCAGGGCCUCAUCAGUGUGAACAACGACUUCAACCAUAAUCAAAAGAAAGGCAAACAAAAGUUUAGUCCUGAAGAUGAUUAUCAGGAGGAAGUGAGCAGCCACUAUGAAGCGAACCGUCAUCCUGGUGAAAAGGUUGAGGACAACUUUGCUUUGGUUAAAGAAUGUGGGUGGUUAGAUGAGUGA